AUGAUUCACUCGCGAGAGCAACAACAUGAGCACGAUGCAUACUCGAGCGAACCUCUCUACAACUACUCUCCGCAGCGCCAGACGAGGGUUGCCAUUCACCCCACUGCUGUGAAGCGACCGUACGGACCCCCCGCAUUUGAAGAUGACGAGGAAGUCUUCUCGGACGCCCCAACCCGUAAAGUCCCCCCGCCACAGCAAAAUCUAAGGCGCAUUGUCAGGAGAGACAGGCCUCCGGAGUCGCGACGGGCCGAACUCUUUCUAGAGGAAGAAGAUGUCGACGGCAGCCUGGCUAGUGACUAUCCUGCCACGGAAGACGACCACGGCACUCCUCGGGCUAGUCGUACGAAGAGUAUGCCAUCGGAGGCGCGCCCCCUCGAAGGCUCGCUUCCAAUUGCGGCCUUCGGCCAGCGAGACAAGUCACGGAAGCGACGUCGUGAUCAGUGUGACUACGGAGAUAACGAGCUCCUGGGGAUGACAUACUCCCAAUUGCGCGAGCAACCCUUUGACGAAGACCCUGCCAAGACAUCCCUUCCAACGGCUACGCCUCUGAACGGUGACAGUCUUUCGGUCAAGCUCGAUCAUUUCAAAGGUCAGCGCGAAUCCGAUCAGAAAAACUUCUUUAGUCAGAUGAAUGUUGGUGACUGGGAACGCUCGGGCGACUGGUUUCUGGAGCAGUUCGGCCUUGUUGCGCAGAAGCUGAAAGACGCUCGUAGGGAGAAGCGAGACAUGGUUGAUCGCUUCGAGACCGAAAUCGCCAACCGGGAAGAGGCAGUUCGCGUCCGGACUGAGAACAUUACAAAGAAGCUGAGCAAAAUCCGCCACAAGGGCGAGGACAUGUUGGCAGACAAGGAGAUUUGA